CGUUGUUUGUAUACGAAAUUUAUCUCGGUUGUUUUGGCGUCGCCGACGAGACCCCGAGAGUGUCCCCCCGACCGAGGUAGCCUGGGCUUCAGGGUCAGGAUGAAUCGCACGAUGGAUGAGAAGGAGGAGCUGGUGAAGAAGGCCUUGUUUAGUUUCGUUAGGAAGCAGGUGCCCACCGCUCAGCUGAGCUUAAUAGACGACAUUGUGCUCAGUUACGUAGUGAGUAUGGUGGAAGAAAGCGCGUUGGAGGAAAAUCUAGAUGUGGACGGGCUGUGCGAGAUGGUAUCCGCCUGUCUCCCCGAGUUUUCCACUAUCGAGAAAGAGGCCGUGUCGAAAUGGCUGCUCGACGUGGAAAGUAAGCUGAAGCAGGAGACCAAGGAGAAUGAGAAUUGCCAGUCCCCUAGCGAUCCGCUGGAUCACAUCAGCCUGGCCGCCCUCCUGCCAGCCGGCGCGCAAAGAAUGCGGGUCCACCAUCUCUCGGAGACGAGCGACGCCGGGAGCGAUUCUAGCGGCGAAUACUUUUCGGAAGAAUCCUCCUGGCAUCAGGUGGCCCUGCUGCAAGAGAUGUUUCCGUCGGCGAGUCCCGCCGAAGCGAGGCAUUGCCUAGCGGUGGCUGGGGGCGACGUAACGAAAGCUGCGCAGCUCGUGAUACAUCGUCAGGAGGCGGGUCAAAGCAUCGUGAGCAACCUCACGUUUCUAACGCCGAACGGUCGUAACAAGGCGAGGCUGAACGACGAGGAGUUGAAGUCCCGUAUCAUCGCGCGGUAUAGUUACGUCGACAGGGACGACGAUUGCCGCGAGCACCGUCCAGUCGCGCCCAAGACGGAGCCCAAGAAGCUGGUACGGUACCUUGACAAUAAGAUCGUAAGUGUGAAGGGUGAACGUUAUACGGAAGUGCGAAGGGGCGGCGAGGACGAGGAUGGUAACGAAGGCGGUAGGAAGAGAGGCCAUUGCCGUCCGUAACCAGUCCCUUUGCCUCCACCCCCCGAUCCACCCCCCUGGAGGCAUUUGAGAGAUUUUCGAUUGAAUCUUUAACUUAGAUCAUUUCCAUCUUACUCGUAUAUAUAAUAUAUAUAUAUAUAUAUGUAUAUAUGUA